CCAAUUUCUCAUCAUUCAUCAUCCACUGAACCCAAAUGGAGAGUAAGGAGGAAUACUGAAAAUACACCAUUUCUUGAUUGUGUCUGUGACUUGAACCCCUCUUUCGAUGGAUAUAUGUUUGAGUUCUCCGUCUUCUUGUUCUUUUCGAAAUUCAUCUGUGAAUCUUCCUGGUCCUAGAACUAAAUCUUAUUAUCAUACGAAACUUCCUUCUAAACCCAUUGAAAAUCAUAAUCAGUCUUUGUUAAAUAGCUCCAAGAAUUAUUCGUCAACCUUUGGAUUAUCUGAGUGUAGAAGCUGCAGCAGCUGGGGUGUUUCGCAUAGACAUUCAAGGCGUUUUUCAAUCUGGGGCUGCAGUGGAGUUGAAGCUUCUGGAUCCGAUCCUGGUGCAUUGCAUAAGGUUUCAGAGUUUAAGGAUGCAAUCUGGAGAUUUUUGAGGCCUCAUACGAUUCGUGGGACUGCGCUAGGGUCUUUUGCAUUGGUAUCAAAAGCCCUGAUUGAAAAUCCAAAUCUAAUAAAGUGGUCGUUGGUGACGAAAGCACUAUGUGGUCUUUUUGCUCUUAUAUGUGGGAACGGUUAUAUAGUGGGCAUUAACCAAAUUUAUGAUAUUGGAAUUGAUAAGGUAAACAAGCCUUAUUUACCAAUAGCUGCAGGGGACCUAUCAGUUCAAUCCGCAUGGUUUUUGGUGCUAUUUUUUGCAGUUGCUGGCCUUUCAAUUGUUCUGUUAAAUUUUGGUCCAUUUAUCAGUUCUCUUUACGCUCUCGGUCUUUUUCUUGGCACCAUAUAUUCCGUUCCUCCAUUGAGGUUGAAGAGAUUUCCUGUUGCAGCAUUUCUCAUCAUUGCUACAGUACGUGGUUUUCUUCUGAAUUUUGGUGUUUAUUAUGCCACGAGAGCUGCAUUGGGGCUUGCAUUUGAGUGGAGUUCACCUGUUGCUUUCAUCACGACUUUCGUGACGGUUUUUGCCCUGGUUAUUGCCAUAACAAAGGAUCUGCCAGAUGUAGAGGGAGACCGCAAGUUUCAGAUAUCAACUUUCGCAACAAAGCUUGGUGUUAGAAAUAUUGCACUACUUGGGUCCGGCCUUUUGCUUGUAAAUUAUAUUGGUGCUAUAUUUGCUGCAAUUUACUUUCCUCAGGCUUUCAGGAGUCGCUUGAUGAUCCCUUUGCAUGCAGUUUUAGCCAUGGGUUUGAUUUUCCAGACAUGGAUGUUAGAGCAAGCAAACUACACCAAGGAUGCUAUAUCGGGGUACUAUCGGUUUGUUUGGAAUCUCUUCUAUUCUGAAUACAUCAUAUUUCCUUUUAUCUAAUAGAAGUCUGUCUUUCAUUUUAUCAAUUUUCAAUCAGAGAAAGAAAUUGUAAAUUACCAGGCAUUUUGUGUACAUAUGCAUGUGCAAAUGGACAUGUCCCUUUGUCUAUGUAAUAAAAUGUAUCAGUAGUUUGGUGGGUAAAUAUAACUGGGUUUUGUCGAACUCUCAA